CGCCAUAUCCUGUCUCCUCCCCUCCCCCCGACGAGUUCGUGGCAGCGGCACCAGCAGGCCAGCACGUCCACCCCACCUCCCCUCCCUAGCUACCUUAGAGCAGGCGGGUCCCGCAUCCAGCUUCCGGCGAGCCGCCGGCGGGCGGCAUUGCGUUCUCCGGGCCGUUUUCUUGACGGAUUGCGUGAGGGAUGGCGUCGCCGGGCGGCGGGUACGCGGACCGGCCAGCGCCGCCGCUGGACGGGAUCACGGUCGAGGGAGGCGGGGGCAGGCCGGCGGGGCUGCCGAGGCCGCCGGGGUUCCGGGGGCUGAUGCAGCAGCCGUCGCGGCUGGCGUCCGGGGUGCGGCAGUUCGCGUCGCGGGUGUCGAUGAAGGUGCCGGAGGUGGUGCCCGGCAUCCGGCCGGGCGGCGGGCGGAUGACGCGGAUGCAGUCCAGCGCGCAGAUGGGGCUCAAGGGGCUGCGCUUCCUCGACAAGACGUCCGGGAGCAAGGAGGGCUGGAAGGCCGUCGAGCGCCGCUUCGACGAGAUGAGCAAGGCCAGCGGACGCCUCCCCAAGGAGAGCUUCGGCAAGUGCAUCGGCAUGGGGGACUCCAAGGAGUUCGCCGGCGAGCUGUUCGUGACGCUGUCGCGGCGGAGGAGCAUCGAGCCGGAGCAGGGCAUCACCAAGGAGCAGCUCAGGGAGUUCUGGACGGAGAUGACCGACCAGAACUUCGACUCGCGGCUCCGCAUUUUCUUCGACAUGUGCGACAAGAACGGCGAUGGGAUGCUCACGGAAGAUGAGGUCAAGGAGGUUAUUAUAUUGAGCGCGUCGGCCAACAAGCUGGCCAAGCUCAAGAGCCACGCCGCGACCUACUCGUCGCUCAUCAUGGAGGAGCUCGACCCCGACGACCGCGGCUACAUCGAGAUUUGGCAGCUGGAGACGCUGCUGCGCGGGAUGGUGAGCGCGCAGGCGCCGGAGGUGAAGCUGAAGCGGACGACGUCGAGCCUGGCGAGGACGAUGAUCCCGAUGCGGUACCGGAGCCCGCUGAAGCGGCACGUCACCAGGACCAUGGACUUCGCCCACGAGAACUGGAAGCGGAUAUGGCUGGUGACGCUCUGGCUGGCCGCCAACCUCGCCCUCUUCGUCUACAAGUUCGAGCAGUACAAGCGCCGGUCCUCCUUCCAGGUCAUGGGCAACUGCGUCUGCGUCGCCAAGGGCGCCGCCGAGACGCUCAAGCUCAACAUGGCGCUCAUCCUGCUGCCCGUCUGCCGCAACACGCUCACCACCCUCCGCUCCACCGCGCUCAGCCACGUCAUCCCCUUCGACGACAACAUCAACUUCCACAAGGUGCUCGCCGGCGCCAUCGCCGUCGGCACGGUGGUGCACACGCUCGCCCACGUCACCUGCGACUUCCCCAGGCUCGUCUCCUGCCCGAGCGACAAGUUCAUGGCCCUGCUGGGCCCCAACUUCGGCUUCAGGCAGCCGACGUACCCGGACCUGCUGGCCAGCGCCCCCGGCGUCACCGGCAUCCUCAUGAUCAUCAUCAUGACCUUCUCCUUCACGCUGGCCAUGCACACCUUCAGGCGGAGCGUCGUCAAGCUGCCGUCGCCGCUGCACCACCUGGCCGGCUUCAACGCCUUCUGGUACGCGCACCACCUGCUGCUGCUCGUCUACGUCCUCCUCGUGGUGCAUUCCUACUUCAUAUUCCUCACCAGGAUCUGGUACAAGAAGACGACAUGGAUGUUCUUGAUAGUCCCUGUCCUCUUCUACGCCUGCGAGAGAAUUAUCAGAAAAGUUCGCGAGAACAACUACCACGUGAACAUUCUCAAGGCUGCGAUUUACCCAGGAAAUGUGCUCUCUCUUCACAUGAAGAAGCCACCGGGUUUCAAGUACAAGAGUGGGAUGUACCUGUUUGUGAAAUGCCCCGACGUUUCGCCUUUCGAAUGGCAUCCGUUCUCCAUCACUUCUGCACCUGGAGAUGACUACCUGAGCGUGCAUAUCCGCACGCUAGGUGACUGGACAUCUGAACUCAGAAACUUGUUCGGAAAGUGUUGCGAGGCACAAGUUACUUCCAAGAAGGCUACCCUUUCGAGACUUGAAACUACGGUUGUGGCAGACUCUGCGACAGAGGACACCAGGUUUCCUAAGGUCUUUAUCGAUGGCCCUUAUGGUGCACCGGCACAAAAUUACAAGAAAUACGACAUUCUUUUGCUUAUCGGUCUUGGGAUUGGCGCCACCCCUUUCAUCAGCAUAUUGAAAGAUCUCUUGAACAACAUAAAGUCCAAUGAUGAGGUGGAAAGCAUGCACGGUUCUGAGAUAGGCAGCUUCAAGAACAGUGGGCCAGGGAGAGCUUACUUCUACUGGGUUACCAGAGAGCAAGGAUCCUUCGACUGGUUCAAAGGAGUCAUGAACGAAGUCGCUGACAACGAUCACAGCGAUGUCAUAGAGAUGCACAAUUACCUCACCAGCGUGUAUGAAGAAGGCGACGCAAGGUCAGCGCUGAUUGCCAUGGUUCAGUCACUCCAGCAUGCCAAAAAUGGUGUUGACAUCGUCUCCGGAAGCAAGAUUCGGACACAUUUUGCAAGGCCUAACUGGAGAAAAGUGUUCUCUGAUUUGGCCAACGCCCACAAGAACUCUCGUAUAGGUGUUUUCUAUUGUGGAUCUCCAACACUCACGAAACAACUCAAGGAUCUUUCAAAAGAAUUCAGCCAGACAACCACAACUAGGUUCCAUUUCCACAAGGAAAACUUCUAAGGCCAUACCCGGAGAAUUUCAAACAGUUUGCAGAUAUACUUGUAUAGGAAAAAAGAAAUAUGGUAGCAAUCGAAUAGUAAAUAUAGCUUUACAAGUUUUGUUGUACGCUGGGUUGUACAAAGUACAUUGAAAGCUAGUGUCACCAGCAUACAUAGACUGGAAUAUUUAGAAAUAUCUGUAUUGUAACAGUGAGAUUGAUUGUUAGGUUAUGCCCCUUGAACACGCAAGCUUUCUCUCUUUA